ACAACGCUGGCCGUGCGGGUGACGUUGAAUGAAGGCAUACCGUUGGAGAGCCUCCCACACCAGCUUCGGAUUGGCGGAGGCACGGUCCUGGUUGUCGUCCCCGGACGCGCACCGAUAUGCCUGCGCUGCCGGCGCACUGGCCAUAUACGUCGAGACUGCAGAGCACCUCGGUGCUCGCAGUGCCGAGCCUUCGGGCAUGAAACCAGGGACUGCGUCAAGACGUACGCCCGUGUCACCGGCAGCAACACCGACACGGUAGCAUCCGAGCUGGUGAUGGACGAGGACGAGGCUGAGAUGGCAGCCGCACCGUCGACUUCACUGGCCCAGCAACCACGCAACGAGGCGGCAGCGGCCAGCUCAAUACCAGGACCUGUGGCACCGGAGCUUCCGCACGGGGCACCGAGAGAAAAGGUGGACACCGAGGCGAGCCAAGACGUUGUGCCCGAGCAAGCCACGGAGACUUCUAGCACCCCGGCGGGACCCGCGCAACGAGAAGACACCGUAGUUUCUAAGGACGACGAUCAGAACAACGAUAUGGGCGUAGUGACGGGGAGCGCGAAACGGGCGCUGGAGGACCCACCUUCAGGCCGGGGGGAGGCUCAGCUGAGGCGCCUAGAACGCGAAUGGUGUGGCAAGGUAGGACGUUUCAAGACCCAGUCUGUGCCUUUAACGCGUAACAAGGAACAGAAGCAGUAAGUCUUUUCGGCACGCCACUGACUGACCUUGUAAGUUCUAUGUUCUCCACCGGGCUUCCACCUAAAGCUUAUGCUUGAAAGACCCCUACGUGUGGGCACUAUAAAUGUGCGGGGCCUAUGUUCCAGACGCA